GUGGGUGUGGCUCUGUGUUGACAGUAUCGCUGUCACAUGACGGAUCCGUUUGAUAACCCGGAAGUGAGAGGGCGGUGCUCUGCACACGACUGGUGGAACAAAACAAGUAUCCACCAUGACAGCCAUCAAGCAUGCUCUCCAGAGAGACAUCUUCACUCCCAAUGAUGAGCGGCUCCUGGGUAUAGUCAAUGUUUGCAAGGCAGGAAAAAAGAAGAAGAACUGCUUCUUGUGUGCAACAGUUAGCACAGAGAGACCUGUCCAGGUGAAAGUGGUGAAAGUGAAGAAAUCAGACAAGGGGGACUUUUACAAGCGACAGCAGACCUGGGAGCUGCGAGAUCUGACUGAAGUAGAUGCCAAAGAUGCAAACAAGGAAAACCCUGAGUUUGACCUUCAUUUCGAGAAGGUAUACCGGUGGCUGGCCAGUAGCACAGCUGAAAAAAACUCCUUCAUUUCCUGCAUCUGGAAGCUGAACCAGCGUUAUCUGAGGAAGAAGGUGGAGUUUGUGAAUGUCAGUUCUCAGCUGCUGGAAGAACUUCCUAAAGCGGAAGAGUCAGUUCCUAGUGGUGAGAGCCAGAGUGUUGCAGGGGGUGAUGAAGAUGCUUUGGAUGAUUACCAAGAACUCAAUACUCGUGAGGAGCAGGACAUCGAGGGCAUGAUGGAGGUGUGCGAGUAUGCCAUCUCCAAUGCUGAGGCUUUUGCGGAGCAGCUCUCCAAGGAGCUGCAGGUUUUAGAUGGGGCUAACAUCCAGUCCAUCAUGGCAUCAGAGAAGCAGGUCAAUAUCUUGAUGCAGCUGCUGGAUGAGGCACUGGGAGAGGUGGACACUAUUGAGGGGAAGCUGAGCAGCUAUGAGGAAAUGCUGCAGAGCGUCAAAGACCAGAUGGACCAGAUCUCCCAGAGCAAUCGCCUUAUCCAGAUCAGCAGCACCAACAAUGGCAAACUACUGGAUGAGAUCCAGUUCUUAGUGAAUUACAUGGACCUGUCAAAAGGCCACAUCAGGGCUUUACAGGAUGGGGACCUGACGUCCCCAAAAGGUAUUGAGGCCUGCAUCAACGCCUCUGAAGCUCUUCUGCAGUGCAUGAACGUGGCCUUGCGACCAGGCCACGACAAGCUCUCGGCUGUGAAGCAGCAACAGCUCCUGUUUGCAGACCUGAGAGACACCUUUGCUCGUCGCCUCACCAAUCAUCUCAACAAUGUGUUUGUUCACCAGUUCAACCACUUCAGUCACUUCAAAAUGACCAUCCCUCAGUUCUAUAGGUCUUCCUGUCUAUCACUUCCAGGCCAUGACCAGAGUUCCACUCUGUCCCAGCACACAGCAGAACUGACUCUGCCCAAACACAAUCCCCUCCACAGGGACCUGUUGCGUUACUCCAAGCUCAUGGAGUGGCUGAAGAACACCCACAGGGAGAAGUAUGAGGGCCUGUCACGGACCUAUGUCGACUAUAUGAGUAGACUUUAUGAAAGGGAAAUCAAAGAUUUCUUUGAGAUUGCCAAGAUAAAGAUGGCGGGUACAACCAAGGAGGCGAAGGGCAAGUUUGCCACGCUUCCGCGGAAAGAAAGUGCACUCAAACAGGAAACAGAAAGCCUUCAUGGCAGCUCUGGGAAGCUGACGGGCUCUACCUCAAGCCUGAACAAGCUGACAGUGCAGGGCUCCAACAGCCGACGUUCACAGUCCUCGUCACUGUUGGACAUGGGCAACAUGUCUGCUUCUGAUCUGGAUGUUGCAGACAGGACCAAGUUUGACAAGAUAUUUGAGCAAGUCCUCAGUGAGCUGGAGCCUCUUUGUCUCGCAGAACAAGACUUCAUCAGCAAGUUCUUUAAACUGCAGCAGCACUUGACAGUUACACCGCCGCUUGCUCAGCCUGAAGCAGAGGAAACGGAUGGAGGAAUGUCGUCAAGAGUGCCUCCCCAGGCAGAACACAGACACUCCUUUUCGUCAGAGAAAGACCUAGUGCGGCUGAUGAUGAAUAAAAUCUUCCAGAGCAUCGAGACUGAGCUCAACAGUCUCAUUGCACUGGGUGACAAGAUUGACAGUUUCAAUUCUCUCUAUAUGCUGGUGAAAAUGAGUCACCAUGUUUGGACAGCGGAGAAUGUUGACCCAGCCUCAUACCUCAGCACUACGCUGGGAAAUGUACUGGUCACUGUUAAGAGGAACUUUGACAAAUGCAUAUCUGGUCAGAUCAGACAAAUGGAGGAAGAGAAGAUUUCAAAGAAAAGCAAAGUCGGUAUCCUACCAUUUGUUACCAGGUUUGAGGAGUUUGCUGAGCUGGCUGAAACAAUCUUCCGUAACGCAGAGCGGCGCGGGGAUCUGGACAAAGCCUAUGUCAAACUUAUCAGGGCUGUUUUUAUGAAUGUGGAGAAGGUAGCAAAUGAAAGCCAGAAGACUCCACGGGAUGUUGUGAUGAUGGAGAAUUUCCACCACAUUUUCUCGACACUGUCACGUCUAAAGAUCUCUUGCCUGGACACGGAGAGACGAGAGGCUAAACACAAAUACACAGACCACCUGCAGUCCUAUGUAAUCAACUCCCUGGGCCAGCCUCUGGAAAAACUCAACCAUUUCUUUGAAGGAGUUGAGGCACGUGUAGCCCAGGGUGUUCGUGAGGAGGAGGUGAGCUACCAGCUGGCCUUCAACAAACAAGAACUACGCAAAGUUAUUAAAGAGUAUCCAGGCAAAGAGGUGAAAAAGGGUCUUGACAACCUUUACAAGAAGGUGGACAAACAUCUGUGUGAGGAGGAGAGUCUGCUACAGGUGGUGUGGCACUCCAUGCAAGACGAGUUUAUCCGCCAGUACAAGCACUUUGAAGAUUUGAUUGGUAGAUGCUAUCCAGGAUCUGGAAUCACCAUGGAGUUUACCAUACAGGACAUGCUGGAGUACUUCUCCAGCAUUGCUCAGUCUCAUUAGUCGAGCUGCUAUGCACUAUUAGUUUUUGAUUCACUACUGCCUCACACUGGCUGAAAAUAUACAAGCUGCUCUUUACUGCUUUUUAGGACAACAAACCAUUUCCUCUAUGUGUCUGUGUGUAUUUUAAUGACAUUUGUACAUUGGACAGUGUUGCAGAAUAAAUACAUCUGCAGCGAG